GCUUACCUGCGAGCAGUCGACGUGAAGAUCCUGCAGCAGCUGGUGGUGGUGAAUGAGGGCAUCGAGGCGGUGAAGUGGCUGGGGGGGGGGGGGGGGCACACGGCCACCCGGCCCGCCAGCCAGUACAGCCUGGUGGAGAGCCAGGCGGCCUCGCGGCGGGGCAGCUGGGACAGCCUGCAGGACCCCAACGACAGGCUGGACAGCAUCUCCGUCGGCAGCUACUUGGACACGUUGGCCGAUGACAUGGAUGAGUACUCCCAAAAUGCCGCUGAAACCACCACUGCAUCCGCACCCGGCAGAGCCCUGGUCAGAGCGGAGCAGGAUUGGGUCAGGAUUGACCCCGAGAGGGGUCCCGCAAAGCAAGAGAAGGGCAAAGCGGAGCAUGAGUGGCCCCACGUGGACCUCUCCCCACCUGGGCUGCCCCAGGAUCACCAGUUUGCUAUGGAGCCCCAGGUGGCCAAUGGGUAUUUGGGCCAGCAGCCGUCUUCUCUGGAACCAGGCAGAGACACCAAAUUGCCAUCGGGGGCUGGGGAGAGGCUGGGGAAGGGCAGCGCGGGUGGGAAGGCUCGGAAAGCUGAAGGUGACUUUGAGAACUGCAAACUCAACAGCAAGCUGCACCUGGAGUACGAUGCCCACUGGCGCUGGCUCCAGUCUCAGGACGAUGUGACAUUCUUGUAG